CGUACAAAUCAAUUAAGCAAAUGAAUGACAUCCAAAUUCAAAUAAGAAAACCAAAUUGGUGUUAAAUUGGUAUAUGUCCAAAUAAAGAGAGAUAUGUUUAGUUUUGGGAAUUGGAAACUCCAAGUUUGUCAAAAAAUCACUUUCAGCAAAAUUCUAUGCACAGGAUCGCUCUUCGACAUAUUCACAGGCAAAUUGCAGUGGUGGAAUAAGUAAUCCAUGAGAAAGUUACUGAAGAUAAUGCUUGGCGUGGCGCAUUACCAUGUACAUUCCACUAAUUACAAACAUGUUACCAGCCCACUCAGAAGAGAGGGUCAAAUCCUGCUGUUUUUCCACAUUCAACCUGUUUUGGGUUCAUAUAUUCUACAUUCAAUACGAAAAAUCUGUUUGAGAACCUGAAUUUUUGAAAAUAACCAAAUGACAACUAUCUUUUAAUAUUAAAAUGCUGAUUGGUUUUGUAUCAUUUAGUUUAUAAUAUUGCAGAGUUCAUGUAUAUAUAUAAUGGUUGCCCUAGUAAAGAGAUGCAUCAACAUAUUAUUACCAAUCUGUGUAAAGAUGGAUUUGGAUUUUGUAAGCUGUGCCCUGCUAGUGCUGUUGGCAUGCACCUCCAUCCAUGUUACAUUUUCAUUCCUAGGAAGAUUCAGAAAACCACACCACAAACUUCCUCCAGGACCCUAUCCUCUUCCCAUCAUAGGAAACCUUCUUCAACUGGGUAACAAGCCCCACCAAUCACUGGCCAAGCUUUCCAGCAUACAUGGCCCUCUGAUGAGCCUAAAGCUGGGCCAAAUAACCACCGUUGUGGUGUCUUCAGCUGAGAUGGCCAAAGAGGUGCUCUUAACCAAUGACCACCUUCUGUCAAACCGAACCAUUCCCCAAUCUGUCUGUGUUCUGAACCACGAAAACUAUAGCCUUGCCUUCAUUCCCGUUUCCCCUCUUUGGCGCGACUUGAGGAAAAUAUGCAAUGGCCAGUUGUUUGCACGCAACUCUCUCGAUGCUAGCCAAGAUGUUAGGCGUAGCAAAGUGCAACAACUCCUAUCCGAAAUCCACCGAUGCUGCCAAACCGGUGAAGCAGUGGAUAUUGGAACAGCGAUCUUCAAGACCACCAUCAACUUAUUAUCAAACACCAUUUUCUCCAUGGAUUUGGUUCAAUCUUCUGGCAAAGCCGGAGAGUUCAAGGAACUGGUCACCAAUAUCACCAAACUGGUUGGAACACCAAACCUGGCUGACUAUUUUCCUGUCUUGAAGAUGAUUGAUCCACAAGGCAUAAAAAAACGUCAGGCUAAGAAUGUCAAGAAGGUGUUGGACAUUUUUUCCCACUUGGUUGACCGACGGUUGAAGCAAAGAGAAGGUACACACGUUGACGUGCAGAACGACAUGUUAGACUCUCUUCUCAACAUCUCUCGGGAGAAGAAGAUGAUGGACAAAACAAUGAUUCAACAUUUGUCACAUGAUUUGUUUGUUGCGGGAACUGAUACGACGACGUCUACAUUGGAAUGGGCGAUGAGUGAGUUAGUACGCAAUCCAGAGAUUAUGUCAAAGGCAACAGAAGAGUUGGAGUUAACCAUUGGUAGAGGUAACCCUGUGAAGGAAUCAGACAUUGCAAGACUUCCGUAUUUAGAAGCUAUAAUAAGAGAGACACUUCGGUUGCAUCCACCAGUUCCAUUUUUACUGCCUCGAAAAGCUGAGACAGAUGUAAACGUAUGUGGCUACACUAUCCCAAAGGAUGCACAGGUGCUGGUGAAUGUGUGGACUAUUGGAAAGGAUUCGAGCAUUUGGGAGAAUCCAAAUUCGUUUUGUCCGGAGAGGUUUCUGGAGUCAGACAUUGAUGUUAAAGGGAGGAAUUUUGAACUGACACCCUUUGGGGGUGGGAGGCGAAUAUGCCCUGGCAUGCUGUUGGCUACGAGGAUGUUGUUCCUGAUGUUGGGUUCCUUGAUUAACUCCUUUCGGUGGAAACUUGAAGAUGGCUUCGAACCAGAAGAUAUGAACAUGGAUGAGAAAUUUGGGAUCACCUUACAGAAGGCUCAACCAUUACGAGUUGUUCCUGUCAAAAAAUAA